UUUUUUUUUUCUUUACUUUAUUUUUCUUCUUUUUUCUUUUCAUCCACUACUUCUUCUUUUAAAAAAAAACAUCUAUGCCUUCUAUUACUAUGAAAUCAAAUACACAACCUAAAACUUUGAAAUGGGCUAUUCAACGUGUACCUAACAAGAAAUCAUCCGGUCGUAUCCAAAAAAGAAUGACUAGUAGUCAUUCAUGCAAAUCAAACCCCGCAAAGCCACCCAAAAGUGAAAUGGAACGUUUGGAAUCCGAAUUAGCUUUUACUUUGGACAGUUUGGCUACUCUUUCUGUUCAUUUCCAAAGUCUUCAAUCCGCAUAUAUUUCCAGUCAAGCUGAUCUGAAAGAACAAUAUUGUCCUACCCGAUUAGGCCCCAAAGAAAAGGAAUUAUUGGCUGCUUAUGAUGAUCUUGGUUUGCAAGUGGUACAUAUGGAACGUAAAAUCAAAAAAUUGGAAACACGUUUACAACAACUUGCACAAGAAGAAGAAGAAAAAAAACACGAAAAUAAUGAAUCCUCCUCACCUAUUUCCUCAUCCUCUCUCAGUACUUCUUCUUUCGCCUCCCCUUGUACAGAAUCUGCUUUUGAUAUGGAUCAUCAUGAAGAAAAUUUCCCUUGGACUCCUUCCAUGCCUACUGAUCACUUGUGUUUUCCAGAUGAAAUGGUUUAUCCUAUGAUGACUUAUAUGGAUGAUUGCUUUUAUGGUGUCAACACUCCUUCCUUAUACGUGUAAAUCAUGUUUCCUUUGGAUGUCAAUCUUGUAUAUUUUUUUUUGUUUAUAUUUAUUUUAUAUAUAGUUUAUGCAUAUAUCUUUCUUUUUUUUUUAUAUACUCAUUUAUUUACUUUUCAUGCCCUUUAUGCUAUGCCACUAUGAUCUCUCUUUAUUUUUUUUUUUAUAUAUCCAUCAUAAACCCCAAAAAAAGUCCUUUUUUCAUUUUUAUCAUCAUCAUCAUCAUCAUCAUCAUCAUUUUAUUUAUUUCAUUAUCAUACUUUCAGC